UGUUGGAAAAUCAUUUCGUUCUUCCCGAAAACCGCAUCGUUUCAGUUCUGCUAUCAGUUCGAUUGGGUAGACAUUUUGCCCUCAUAUCUCCCCGUCUGAAAACGAAAUGGCCUGUGCUACGGUGCCGAAGGCAAUUUUUAAGAAUGGCAACAGCAUCCCCAUGAUCGGGCUCGGUACCUGGAACUCGCCUCCGGGACAAGUCGCUCAAGCUGUGAAAGACGCCAUCGACAACGGUUAUCGUCACAUUGAUUGCGCUCAUGUUUAUCAAAACGAGCACGAAGUAGGCGAUGGAAUAGCCGCAAAGAUAGCUGAAGGUGUCGUGAAACGGGAGGAUCUAUUUGUGACUAGCAAACUGUGGAACACCUUUCACCGGCCGGAACUGGUCGAGGGUGCUUGCCGUACGACCCUGAAAAACCUGAAGCUGGAUUAUGUCGAUCUCUACCUGAUCCACUGGCCUGUUGCGUACCGCGAGGGGCCGGAACUCUUUCCGAUGGGUCCCGACGGACAGACGUUCGUGUUUUCCGAUGCCGAUUACGUCGACACCUGGCCAGCGAUGGAAAAGCUCGUCGAAGCCGGUCUGGUGCGCAAUAUUGGACUUUCGAAUUUUAAUACCAAGCAAAUCCAGCGUGUCUUGGACGUUGCCAAGAUUCCGCCGGCCACCAAUCAAAUCGAGUGUCAUCCGUACUUGCACCAGGGAAAGAUUACGGCGUUCUGCGCCAAGCAUGGAAUCGUCGUUACGGCCUACAGCCCUCUAGGAUCGCCGGCCCGGCCGUGGGUGAAAGCAGACGAUCCGGUUCUGCUCGACGACGGAACGGUUGGCCAGUUGGCGAAAAAGUACGGCAAAAGCGCGGCUCAGAUACUGAUCCGUUACCAGAUUCAGCUCGGACACGUCGUUAUUCCAAAAUCGGUGACCAAAGAGCGCAUUGUUACGAAUUUCGAUGUUUUUAGCUUCCAGCUCGAGGACGCCGAUCUGCAGGUGUUGGCGGCACUCGAAAGAAACGGCCGCAUUUGCCCGGAAACGGGCGCAUUCGGUCAUCCGCAUCAUCCGUUUGAGAAGGAGGAAUAAGAAGAUGGUACUGUUUCAUCAGAAAAAUAAAG